UUAGCUUUAGCUACAAUUGGUCAAGUGCUUUGUACUUCACCUAAAGCAACGUUUUGAUUGGACCGUGACAUACAGUUAAGGAACUUUGGGUGGCUUGGGGAGAAUUCUCUAUGGGAUUUGUACUUUAUCUGGAAUAGAUAAGGUGCUAUGUCCAAGCUCAGUUUUGCUAUUUCAAUGUCCUUUUUUGAGAGCAUUUACAAAGGACAAGGAGAUUGUGUGAUGAGAAAUAGCAGAAAAGAGGGUUGGAGCUAGCAAAAGUCACUAGAGAACAAAUUACACAAACACAGAUUAAAAGCAAAACAGAGGCAUUGCCAUGUCCUUUUAGCCCUCCACACACACACAUCCCCAGUAGCUCUUCUACCCUUCUGUUCUGCCUCUCUCCCUCUCUCUCUCAAUCAAACACACCCAUCUCCAACCUUAAAAACAUAAGCCAAAGCAAAAGCCAAAGCCAAAGCCAAAACUCUCUCUCUCUCUCUCUCUCUCUCUCUCUCUCUCUCUCAGUCAAAAGGCAUUACCCAUUUGUCCAUUUCCAAUAUUGACACAAACCCAAGUAUUUUUUCUCUCUCAAAACCCAUUUCACACACUAAAGUUUCAAGCUUGAUCAUCACUUUUCCUGAAAUGGCUACGCCAAUGCUGCUAAUGGCCUCAGAACAGAGCACAACACAAGACCCCACCAAAACCCUUGUCGGGUUCUACGAGGAAUCCAAACCCGAGUCCACCAAAUCCACCAAAGGCACUAAGAGAUCCGGCAAAGCCUCAAACUCUAAAAAGCAACCACAAAGAGGUCUUGGUGUUGCUCAGCUGGAGCGCCUGAGGCUCCAAGACCGCUGGAAGAAAAUGACGGAACUGCCCCAACUGCAACCCCAACCCCAAGUUGUCAACCUUCCUGAUCAUCAUCAGUACCAGAACUUUCAGCACCAGAACCCCACCAGAACCCUACCCGGCCCGCUUGCCAGUGUUCCAGUACAGUACGGUGCAUCCAGCUACAAUGGACCACUGCUGAUCAAAGGCUCUGGUGGUAAUGGCUUGUUUGGUUUUGUGGGUCAGAGGGUUGGGAAUGGUCAUGGGUUUGGUUAUGUUGGAGGUAAUAAUUUGGUGGUGGACCUAAACCCGAGUCCGUACGCAAUCGGGGCUCCGGAUCCGAGGUUUGAAGUUGGGGCUGUGUUUGAGACCUCGAAAGAGCUCUCUUCAAUACCAAAGGUUCAACCUUUGUCUUCUGAUUGCUGUGAUAUCUGCUGCAAGAAGCAGAAGAAGAGGCUCAAUAGUCGGAAUUACAUGGGCUUAAACGGCAGGAGUGGCAAAUCUGCGGCUUGUAUACCAAUCAACAGUUCUGGUUUUCUCAGAUUGAACCCGGAAGCCGGUGGUGGUCAAGUGGUGGGGACUCACUCGGGCUACCGCAAUGAUGAUCAGGGGGUAGAGGUUAGGGCAGUGCACAGAAAAGGGAGCUCAGCUGGUGGUGGUAUUUUCAUGGAAUAUGAUUUCUUCCCAGCUGCUGGUGGCAAAAGUAGUGAGAUGAGAGGAGGCACUUGUCCCAAGGAGCCAGAGAUGUGGCAAACAGCAGAAGCUUCAGUUUCAGUGGGGAGCCAUGAAGAACCUUCUGAUAUUACUGCUUCUAGUUAUGGCUAUGGGAUUGGGGCUGACAGUUAUCAUAAUCCUGUUGAUUUGUCACUCAAGCUUUCAUUUUAGAAGCAAAUCAAGGUGUCUGUUUUGGUGUUUUUGCUGUGCUCAUCAGUAAUGCAUGUGGGGAAAAGAACCCAAGAUACAGCUUUUUGGUUUCCCUUUUUUUUGUUAGUUAAACUGACAUACAUAUCAUCUCCAAAUUAAUUCCCAUACAAGCUUAGAAUCCAUGUUUAAAGCUAGCUCUGUCUGUGUCCAAAGUUUGUUUCCCUAGUUGUUUGCUUUAAUUCCAUCCAAGUUGCCCUUAUUAAUUUCUCAUGGGAUCUAUGUUAAUUUCUUUUAUUUA